AUGCCGGUGUGUCUUAUCAACGGGAUUUCGGUGGAGUUUCCAUUCGAACCGUAUCAAGUGCAGAAAAACUACAUGGAAAAAGUGAUCAACUGUCUACAGAAUGGUACCAACGGUGUGCUGGAAUCUCCAACGGGCACCGGCAAAACGCUCAGCUUGCUGUGCUCCUCGCUGGCAUGGUUACUACAAACGAGAUCAAAUCUGGAGCCUGAAGUGGGGAUCAAUCCAUCGCGCAAAAACGCCAAUAUGCUGACGAUUCCUAAUCAAGCGACCCACUUCGGUGAGCCGGAAAGAAAUAAUACGAUGAAAAUUAUCUACGCGUCCCGCACCCAUUCGCAACUGUCCCAGGCAAUGCAGGAGCUGAAAAACACCAGCUACAGCACGGUUCGGGCCAUCAUUUUAGGGUCACGCGUACAGCUUUGCAUUCACCCGGAGGUUUCGAAAUCCGAGGGCAACGCAACGACUACCAAUCUUUGCAAGGUCAAGGUGAAUGCGCGCAGUUGUUCCUUCUACCGGCGGGUCGAGCAGGUCAAGGAUAGUGGCGAAAUCAUGAAAACGCCCAUACUGGACAUCGAGGAUCUGAUCACGGUCGGUACGAAAACAAAGUCGUGUCCGUUUUAUCUCUCGAAGGAGCUGGUCGACCGGGCGGACAUUCUCUUCAUGCCGUACAACUAUCUGCUCGAUGCCAAGGCGCGUAAGGCGAACAACCUUAAUCUUCAAAACUCAAUCAUUAUCCUGGACGAGGCACACAAUGUGGAGAAAAUGUGCGAAGAGUCCGGUUCGUCGCAGAUCAGCUCAACCGAUAUUGCGCUCGCAAUCCAGGACAUCACGUCCGUCAUGGAAGCCAUGAACGAUUCCGGCGGUCUGCCGGGUAUGGAUGCGGAGGACGAAAAGAAGGAUUUCACUUUGGAGGAUUUGGUGCUUCUGAAAGAAAUGAUUAUCAGCUUGGAGAAGGAGGUCGAUGCGAUUCCGAUCGAGUUUAGCAAGGGCACUAGCUUCGCUGGGACGUACGUGUUCGAUCUGCUAGAAAAAGCCAACAUAAACUUUGCCAACAAGGGCGUGAUCCUGCAGGUAACGAAUGCCCUCAUCUCCUAUCUUGCCACAGUAUCGGAGAAGAAUAAUUUCUCGCGACGCGGUGCCGGUCUGCAGAACUUGGCCGAUUUUCUGGAGGUAGUAUUUUCGGACGGCGACGCCAACUACCGCGACGCGGUGGAGCGAUGUUUCAAGGUGCACAUCAGCCCCGAGGACUCGAAACCCGUGAAAGGCAACGCGAAACGAGCGGACGGGUGGACCUCGAAGAAACAAAGUGAAACCGCUGCGAAGAACAAUGCGAAGAUCGUUUACUUCUGGUGCUUCAAUCCCGGUUUCGGCAUGCGGCAACUAACGUGCAGAAACAUUCGUAGCAUAAUUCUUACCAGCGGCACACUGGCCCCACUGCGGCCGCUCAUCAACGAGCUUAACAUUCCUGUCGGCGUGUCGCUCGAAAAUCCGCACAUUAUCGAUCGCAAUCAAGUGCUGGUGAAAGUCGUUAGCCAGGGUCCGGACAAGGUAACGCUCAACUCGAGCUACAACAAUCGGAACAACCCGGAGUACGUCCUCUCGCUUGGUCGUACCGUACUUGCGUGCUGCCCCGUUAUCCCGAACGGAUUGCUCGUGUUCUUCCCCUCGUACACGCUGCUGAACAAGUGCGCCGAGGAGUGGCAGAAGAGUGGCAUUUGGGCACAAAUAAACCGAAGGAAAGCGAUUUUUAUCGAGCCGCGCGGCAAAGAUUCGUUUAACAGCACGAUGAACGAAUAUUACGCCAAGAUCAAUGACCCGCAAACGAAGGGUGCCAUUUUUAUGGCCGUCUGCCGGGGAAAGGUUUCGGAAGGGCUGGACUUUUCCGACAACAACGGACGCGCGGUAAUGAUCACCGGGUUGCCAUUUCCGCCGCUGAUGGAUGCGCGUGUCGUGCUGAAAAAGCAAUAUUUAAAUGUGAAUCGCACGCGGGAAAAUGAAAUGAUCACCGGGGACGAGUGGUACUCGUUGGAGGCGGCCCGGGCCGUUAAUCAAGCGAUUGGACGGGUGAUACGUCACCGGCACGAUUUCGGUGCGAUUUUGCUAUGCGAUGCACGGUUCCAAAACUCCUACCAGCAGAUGCAGCUGUCGUCGUGGAUCCGUGGCCAUCUGAAUGGUGCUACCAGCGGUGGAGGUUUCGGUGUCGUGAUCGGCGAGCUGGCUCGCUUCUUCCGCGCUGUAACCAUCUCAGAGCCGGCUGUCAGACAGAUGAGAGAAAUUUGUUGCAAACAAGAACCCGAAAGUAGUCAACCAGACGAAGGUUCCACGAGCAUUCAACGGACUCAAAGUGUGACCGCUUCGGUUGACGGGAACGCUAACACCGGUCAGCUAAAAGUGCUUUCGCAAAACCUAUUCAACAUAACAGACUAUCUGGAACGUCCCACCGCCACGCAGUCUGUCAACGGUGACCAAAAGAUUAUUUCGCACCUUAAUGCUCACACACACUCCGUGAACUUUGGUGACGCACUUUCGUACGAUAGCGCACCGCAGGGCGGUCCGGCUGGAAGCACGUACAAGCGAGAUCGGGAGUCCGCCAACGAAGGAGCCACCAAUUCGAGGACGAAAAAACCCAAAGUGGUCCUUGUACCAACUCGUGGCAUUAAAUAUGAAGCAAUUGAGCCGGAGGAAGCGCAGAGUGGGGUAUCUGCUUCGGGUGAACCAUCAACCUCGGCGCCAGUGGCACCGGCAGAUCGGACGGAGUUUUUGAAAACCGUUAAAGCCUCCAUGGACGAAGGUCAUUAUAAACUCUUUUUGAAAGCGGUCGUACAGUACAAAAAGGACAGUGACUUCACAGCCUACUACACCCAGCUCAGCGAGUGCUUCCAGACGUCCCAAGUACACUAUCUUCUGAAAGCGAUGCGACGGUUUGUCAUAGACGAACAUAAACCACUAUUCGACGCAAAAAUCGGUCAAUCGACAGUGGGAGACAAUUUGAGUACCAUAGGUGGCACAUGA